AUGAAAGGUCAUGAGGAUAUAAAGAGUACAGAAGAACUGAUGAAGUUAGGACAGGCUUUUUCUGACACAGGGAGGGUUGAUGAAGGAAUAAAAUUUACCCAGCAGGCCAUAGACAAAGACCCCCACUUCCUUAUAGCUCACCUGAACAAAGCCAAGAUGUACAUUCAGAAGAAUGACGAUAAAAAAGCAGAAGAAAAACUGAAGGUUUGUUUAGAGAUGAAUCCCAAAUUGUGGGACGUACAUGCUACAUAUGGAGACUUCCUUAUGAGAAAACAGAGGUUUAAAGAGGCAGCACAAAUGUUCAGAAAGGUAGGGAAAAUAAGUCCAGACAUGAUUCCAUUCUGGGCAAAUCUUAGGAACGCCCUGCAACAAAGCGGUGACAACAAAGGGGUAAGGGAGACAAAUCUGGUUAUAGAAAGGCUUCAACGAGAACAACAGGAUAGACAGUGAUAAUAAUCGAGCUAAUUUAUACAAGUCACAAGUUCAAAGUCACACAGUGAUAAAUAUAGUGCUAAUUUAUACCAGUCACAAGUUCAAAGUCCUUAUGCCUGCAUUGUGGAGCAUAUCAUGAAAUUGCUGUAUUUAUUUUUUUUCUUAAGUUUUAUUUUAAAUUGUUGGGUUUUUUUUGCGUUUUUGCAUGCAUGUGUGUGCAGAAAAAACAAUCUGUCUCAUUUCUUGUGGUUAGAAAGGGAAAUUUUAUUAUGGAUGAAAAGGGGAAUUAUUUAAUUAUUACAAUGUAAUUUUUUUCAGUUUAUGAGUGUAUUAUGGGGGGAUUAUGUAUGCUUAUGGCUUUCCAAUUCAUAUUUUUC